UAGUUGGCGGAGGGAGAGGGAACACAAAACGUGAAAGCUCUCUUCUCUGAUCAAAUCCAUUUGUUUUUUUUUUAUUUUGAAAUUGAGUUUAGGCCUUCUGUCCUUCUCUGUCCUUCUCUGUAAGAGCUUUUGCUUCGGCGGGAUAUGGCUAUGGCGGUGCUGCUGUAGGUGGAAGUAAGCGAAGUGAUUGUUGACGCCGCUGCCGCUGCCUCCGCCGGCGUCUUUGAACUUUGACCGACGCCUUAAACUUGGAAUUUCUCGUUUCAAAUACUUGACGAUAUUUUAGGCUGGGAGCGGUGGUGGAAGAAUUGGUGGAGUUUGCUUUUGAGAUCUAAGGUGUUGUGAGUGGAGAUCGUCAGUUCUUGAAAGUUGUUGAUGAAGCAGUGUCUCUAAUUAUUGCGCUAUUCUCGGAUUCAAAUACUUCGGGAAUGUGCACAGUGGAAUGCCUCUCAAUUCCGAUUUCUAGGUUUCCUUCGCGUUCUGAUGCUGUUGUUGGUCUAAAUUCCUGAUUAUACAUGCCAUGACUACCAAACGGGCGUACAAGCUACAAGAAUUUGUGGCACAUUCUUCCACUGUCAAUUGCCUGAAGAUUGGAAGGAAGUCAUCCCGUGUUCUUGUCACAGGUGGGGAAGACUUCAAAGUCAAUCUCUGGGCUAUUGGUAAACCCAACGCCAUACUGAGUUUGACUGGCCAUACAAGCGGAAUAGAUUCUGUAAGCUUUGACUCAUCAGAAGUGUUGGUAGCUGCAGGGGCAGCUAGUGGCACCAUCAAGCUUUGGGAUUUGGAGGAGGCUAAAAUUGUUCGAACACUUACGGGGCAUAGAUCGAAUUGCAUUUCUGUGGAUUUUCAUCCCUUUGGGGAAUUCUUUGCUUCUGGGUCCUCGGACACGAAUCUUAAGAUAUGGGAUAUCAGAAAGAAAGGGUGUAUCCACACAUACAAAGGACACACUCGAGGAGUCAAUGCAAUCAGAUUUACUCCCGAUGGCCGUUGGGUUGUAUCUGGUGGAGAAGACAACACGGUGAAGCUCUGGGAUUUAACGGCUGGAAAGUUGUUGCAUGAUUUCAAGUCCCACGAGGGUCCGAUUCAGUGUAUAGACUUCCACCCUCAUGAAUUUUUGCUGGCAACAGGUUCAGCAGAUAAAGCGGUUAAAUUUUGGGACCUAGAAACCUUUGAGUUGAUUGGUUCAGCUGGACCUGAGACCACUGGUGUCCGUUGUUUAACUUUUAAUCCUGAUGGGAGGACACUGCUUUGCGGAUUGCAUGAAAACUUGAAGGUUUUCUCAUGGGAACCAAUAAGAUGUCAUGACAGUGUGGAAGUCGGUUGGUCCAGGCUGUCCGAUCUUACUGUUCAUGAGGGGAAACUUCUUGGCUGUUCAUACAAUCAGAGCUGUGUUGGAGUGUGGGUUGUAGACAUUACGCGCACCGAACCCUAUGCAAUUAACAACGUUAACCGACUAAAUGGUCGAUCAGAGCCUAAAUCCAGCAGUAAUCUACCACUGCAAAAUGAAAGCAAUGCCAAGGCUGGUUUUGGUGGAUUGUCAGUAUCACAAACUUCUGAACCACAAUUGAAGGAAACCAAAACAUCGGGAAGGUUGUCAGUUUCACAAAGUUCAGACGUUGUCAAGGAUCCAAAAUCUUUGUCAUCCACAGGAAAUGGACCAAAUACUCCUCAGAGGAUCAAUUUAAAUGCUGGCCCAAAGACUAAUUCGGUUAGCUCAGUAACAGUACCUAGUGCAGUGGUACCAAAGAGAAACUCUGUGAAGGUUACUUCAGCAUUCAACAACCCAAUCUUCAAUAAAUCAGACGUGAUACCUGUAAUCGUACCCAGGACAAGUUCAAGGCACGAGCAUGACGAUUCUAGAAAGGAUUUUGAUGUUGCUGGAAGAACAACACCACUACCCAGGACAAAUUCAAGGAAUGAGCAGGAUGAUUCUAGAAAGGAAUUUGAUGUUGCUGGAAGAACAGUUCGAGUACCAUUGCUAUCGAAAACUACUGAUAAUAGGAGGCUGUUUCCAAAUGUUAGAGACGAAGUGGAUAACACAACUAUCUCUGUCCUUUCUGAAUCCAGAGGUUUGAAGGCCAAUGAUAUGGGCACCAUUGCAGAUAAUAGGAAUUCCUUGCAUGAUGAAUCUCGAGGGCGUAAACUAAGCCGGGACACAUCUUUUCCCGAAGUGACAAAAGGAGGGAGAAUACGUUCUCAUGUAGAUUGGGAGAAAAGAGAGAGAUCUAAUUUUAGCCGGUUGACAUACAAUGCCUCCGCUGGAAGAGCAGCUGCACUGGAAAAUCUUCCAUUAAAUUACGGGAGAGAUUAUCAUCGAUCUCCCGAGAAAGAAACAGUAGCACCUGCAAGCGAUGAGCAUACCAUAGAAAAUGUUCUACAACAACAUGAUCAGUUUGUCAACUCGAUGCAAUCUCGGUCAGCAAAAUUACAAGCAGUGUAUAGAUAUUGGGAAAGGCAUGACAUCAAAGGGGCGGUUUCUGCAAUGGAAAAAAUGGCCGAUCAUGCGGUUGCUGCCGAUGUAAUUAGUAUUUUGACAAAUAGAAUUGAAGUUGUCACUCUGGAUAUCUGCAGUUGUAUUCUCCCACUUCUUUCUGGCCUCCUUGAAAGUGACUUGGACAGGUUUUUAGACAUUUCUAUGGAAAUGCUAGUGAAGCUGGUGAGGACAUUUGGGUCAGUGAUCUAUUCAACGUUAUCGGCAACAUCAUCUGUUGGCGUGAACAUUGAGGCGGAGCAAAGGUUGGAGCGGUGUAAUCUCUGCUUCAUCGAGCUUGAAAAAGUCAAGCGCUGCUUGCCAGCUCUUAUAAGGAAAAGGGGAUCGGUAGCAAAGUCAGCACAGGAGUUGAAUCUUGCACUGCAGGAGUUUCAAUGAUUGUGGGGAUUGAAAGUAUAGUACUAAGUAAAAAGGAAAGUAGAGGCAGUAUAUUGACGACGCGAGACUGACUAAUUCUGCACAUACCUCGAAACAUACACACAAAAAAGAAGGGCUAACUGUGUAGCAGCAGGGAAUUGAGUGAGUUGCCAUUACCACCCUGACCUGACCUGACUGACCCUUUCUUUCUUAUGGCUAACCCUCCUACCACCCUCCCUUUUCCCCUAAAUGUUGUACACCAUUAUUACCACUUUGUUUCUGAAUAUUAUCAAAACUACUCGUUGUCUUUGGUUCUUUCUUGUAAUAUCACACACAUCCAAUUCAUUAUUUUUAAACUUAUUUCUGCUGCU